AUGCCGGAUGUGCGGUUUACACAGCGCUCGGUUCGCAAAGCACUCUUCUCCCUGGACGUCAGCAAGUCGAGUGGGCCCGAUGGAAUCCCUCCCAUUGUGCUGAAGACGUGUGCUCCGGAGUUGGCACCGGUUUUAACGCGUCUUUUCCGGUACUCCUACUCCCAAGGCGUAGUCCCGAAUUCAUGGAAGACAGCUUUGGUCCACCCGAUCCCUAAAAAAGGUGACCGCUCAGACCCGUCCAACUACAGGCCUAUUGCCAUCACCUCCUUGUUCUCCAAAAUAAUGGAGUCCAUUAUAAACUGCCAGCUCAUGAGGUACCUUGAGGAUCACCAGCUGAUUAGUGACCGCCAGUAUGGUUUUCGUCGAGGUCGAUCAGCUGGUGAUCUUCUAGUCUAUCUGACUCAUAGAUGGGCGGAGGCAGUAGAGUCCAAGGGGGAGGCAUUGGCCGUUAGUUUGGACAUAGCGAAGGCCUUCGAUCGGGUCUGGCACAAAGCGCUUCUUUCGAAGCUUCCUUCCUAUGGGCUUCCCGAGAAAUUGUGCAAAUGGAUCACCAGUUUCCUUGCUGAUCGGAGCAUCAAGGUCGUAGUAGACGGUGCAUGCUCUGAUUUCAAGCCUAUCAACGCUGGUGUUCCACAAGGCUGCGUGCUAUCACCAACGCUGUUUCUCCUGCAUAUCAAUGAUAUGUUGCUAACUGGUAGCAUUCAUUGCUAUGCAGACGACAGCACUGGUGAUGCCUUAUAUACCAGCCGUGCCAAUAUUUCUCGGGAAAACGUCGCUGAGUACCGGGACAAACUUGUGUCUGAAGUCGAGUCUUUGCUUAACAAAGUCUCGGAUUGGGGCCGACUAAAUCUAGUCCAGUUCAAUCCCCAGAAGACACAAGUUUGCGCGUUUACCGCUAAAAAGAACCCCUUUGUCGUAUCUCCUCAGUUUCAAGGCACUCCCCUUGCUGCCUCAGCUAGUAUCGGAAUCCUUGGCGUCGACAUAUCGAAUAGUGUGCAGUUUCGUGGUCACUUGGAAGGGAAGGCCAAAUUGGCCUCUAAAAAGCUUGGCGUGCUCAGCAGAGCGAGACAGUAUUUCAUGUCGGCACAUCGCUUGCAACUUUACAAAGCGCAAGUUCGGCCCCACAUGGAAUACUGUUCUCCUCUCUGGGCCGGGGCACCCCAGUGCCAGCUCCUUCCACUUGACCGCAUCCAGCGCAGAGCGGUUCGAAUCGUCGACGACCGAGUUCUUUCUGAUCGGCUCGAUACACUGGCACUGCGUAGAGAUGUUGCAUCUCUUUGCGUAUUUUAUCGCAUCUAUCACGGGGAGUGCUCUGAGGAAUUGUUCGGACUAAUUCCAGCCGCUCAGUUUCACCAUCGCACAUCGCGACAAAACUCGCGUUUCCAUCCAUACCAUCUGGAUAAUUGGCGGUCCACCACUGUGCGAUUUAGAAGAAGUUUUCUCCCUCGCACAACUUCCUUGUGGAAUCAAUUACCACCAGCGAAUUUUCCGGACCGAUACGACUUAGGAACCUUCAAGAAAAGAGCUUACACCUUUCUAAAAGGCCGGCAACGCAUCUGCAAUUCCCCUGGUGUUGCGGUUGUUCAUGGGCGGCGGUAG